AAAUAAAAUGUAUAUAUUUUUUUAAAGUUCAAUUUUUGUUUAUAUUUUCAUAUAAAGAAUGCCAAAAAUUAUUCACAACGGAAGUUCGCUUAUUACUUCCUGUGUAGCCCCGAUGUUUCGUCUGUUAUUUUAAUUCGUUUCCUGAGAAGAGGAGAAGACAAGAUGUCUGGUGCUGGGGGAGGAAAACGUCCCUCCGGUGGGGACAGUCCCCCUGGUCCACCCGAAAAGAAAAGUAAAAAAGAAGAAAAGACCACCACCACUCUUAUUGAGCCAAUUCGAAUUGCCGGAGUUUCUUCUACGGAGGAAAUGGACAUGAAGGUGAUCCAGUUCAAGAAUAAAAAGUUAUGUGAGCGCCUGGAGCAAAGACAGACAAUGGAGGAUGAGUUAAGAGAAAAGAUUGAAAAGCUAGAGAAAAGGCAAGCCACUGAUGACACCACCCUGCUGAUUGUCAACCGCUACUGGUCACAGUUGGAGGAAAAGGUACAGGUUUUGCGAAAUCGCAUUCUACCGAAGGAGACCUCUGUAUCAUCUCCUGCUCCGCCCACGGGUCCACCACUAGACGCUACAUCAAUGGAACUGGACAGCAGUGACCUGGCCACACCAUCCUCAGUUGUGCCACCACCUCCACUCCCAGAGACACAAAAUGAGGAAGAGCAGUCAGAGCAGCAUUCCCAACCUCAGCAACAAGAUGACCUUUGUCAAGGGGAGCAUCAGGAGAAGCCAACACUCCCUGAAGGUUCAGAGGAAACAAUGAAGCCCAUUGAGCCGCCACAGGACUCAACAACAUUAGACACGGAGCCACCACUUCCACCUUUGAGUGAGAAUGCAAAGAGCUUCCUGACUACUCUAGAGCACAGCAGUGAGGAGGAGCUCAGCCUUCACCUACAAGACCGUAUGCAGUUCAGCAAGGAAGCCAUUGCGUGUCUAGUCUGUGUUUUUGACCGACUGCACAGCCACAUUGAGGGGAUGUGCAAGCAAGUCCAAGCAACAGAACCCGAGGAUGAGAAUCAAUCUGAGAUUAAAAAUGUGAACCACAACCUGCUAGAAGAGAACUGCCGACUCCGUGACCUAGCCACACUGCUUCAGGGAAGACAUCACAAAAUGUCCAUGGAGUACAAUGAGUUGGUGGACAAGGUGACCAGUGCUGAGACAAAAGUAUCUGAGAUGGCGACAACGGUUGAGGAUCUGGAGUGGGAUAUUGAGAAACUCCGCAACAGGGAACAAAAGCUCAACAAACAUCUGGCAGAAGCUAUGGAACAGCUGAAGUCUGGAUAUAGCAGCACUGGCAGCUCUGGAGGUUUGGCUGGAGGCCAGAUUACUCUAAAUAUUCAAAAGUUUGAGAGUCUGAACGCAGAGCUGGAGCACAACCAAGAGUUGGCAAACAGUCGUAUGGCAGAGUUGGAAAAACUGCAGGUGGAACUCCAGGAGGCUGUGAGAGAGAGCGAAAGGCUCAAGAUGGACCUGCGUAAUAUUCCAGAGGAUGUUGUGAAGGAAACUCUGGAAUACAAAUGUCUACAGUCGCAGUUUUCUCUCUUAUACAAUGAGUCUCUUGGUGUGAAAACUCAACUUGAUGAGGCACGGACUCUCCUGCUCACAACUAAAAAUGCCCAUCUACGUCAAAUUGAGCACCUGGAGAGCGAUGAGCUGUCCCUUCAGAAGAAGCUGCGGACAGAGGUCAUCCAGCUGGAAGACACACUGGCGCAGGUUCGGAAAGAGUAUGAGAUGCUUCGUAUCGAGUUUGAGCAGAACUUGGCAGCAAAUGAGCAAGCAGGACCAAUCAACAGGGAGAUGAGGCAUUUGAUCAGUAGCCUUCAGAACCACAACCUGCAGUUGAAAGGUGAUGUACAGAGAUACAAGAGGAAGCUGCGAGAAACACAGAUGGAGAUAAAUAAGCUACGCUGCCAAAGUGGUGAAGUUGGGGUCCUGAUUCUGGAAGAGAUGUCCAGUGAUGGCCUCGAUAUAAAGAAAGAAGAGGAGGAGGACCAAGAAGAUGAGGAGGAGAGGAGAAAAGAAGUGGAGCGACAGCGGGCCCGGGAGAGAGAAAGGGAGCGAGAAGCUGAGCGAGAACGAGAGAGAGAGCGCGAGAGGGAGCGCCAGCGCAGUGAUGAGAUGAAGAGGAAGGAUUCCGACACGCUGAAGCUUCUCAGAGUAGAGCUGAAAAAAGCCCAGGAGUCCCAGAAAGAAAUGAAGCUCCUUCUUGACAUGUACAAGUCAGCCCCGAAAGAACAGAGGGACAAAGUGCAACUCAUGGCCGCUGAACGCAAAUCCAAGGCUGAGGUGGAAGAGUUGAGGAUGAGAGUUCGAGAGCUGGAGGAGAGGGAGAGGAAGGAAAGCAAGAAGCUGGCUGAUGAAGACGCCCUGAGGAAGAUCCGAGUGGCUGAGGAGACAAUUGAACAUCUGCAGAAGAAACUUGCUGCUACAAAACAGGAGGAGGAGGCUCUGCUGAGUGAGAUGGAUGUGACCGGCCAGGCCUUUGAGGACAUGCAGGAGCAGAACAGUCGACUCUUGCAGCAGUUACGGGAGAAGGAUGAUGCCAACUUCAAACUGAUGAGCGAGAGAAUCAAGUCCAACCAGAUCUACAAGCUGCUGAAGGAGGAAAAGGAAGAAUUGGCUGAUCAAGUUCUCAAAUUUAAGACGCAGGUGGACGCCCAGCUGCUAGUUGUGCAGAAGCUUGAAGAAAAAGAAGGUGUUCUCCAGAACACCUUGGCCACACUGGAGAAAGAGCUGUCUGUCCGGACGCAGGCACUAGAACUCAACAAGAGGAAGGCGGUGGAGGCUGCCCAGCUGGCAGAGGACCUGAAGGUGCAGCUGGAACACACGCAGGCCAAACUCAAAGAGAUCCAAGUCUCUGUGGCCGAGAACCGAACCGCCCGCGAGAGGGAGAGCAGCAACCUGAAGAGAGCUCAGGAGGAGCUGUCCAGACUGAGGCGUAAGCUGGAGAAGCAGAAGAAGGUGGAAGUGUACUCGGACGCCGACGAGAUCCUGCAGGAGGAGAUCAACCAGUACAAGGCCAAGCUGCGCUGCCCCUGCUGCAACACCCGAGACAAGGAGACGGUGCUCACCAAGUGUUUCCACGUCUUCUGCUACGAGUGUCUGAAGAUGCGCUACGACACCCGGCAGAGGAAGUGCCCCAAGUGCAACUAUGCCUUCGGUGCCAACGACUUCCACCGCAUCUACAUCACCUAAUCCAGGCACAGCCGGAUCUGAAGAAAUGGAGAACUGUUGACUGGGGGGAGGAGCAAAGCAUUCUGGGGCAAAUCUGUGAGCAGCCCUGUUUUAUUUCUCUGAACAGCCCUGUUUUAGCUCAUGAUGACCAAAUCGUAGUGUUGUGUGGUAAAUAAACAGUUGUUAGUGCA